CCACUGAGCUAAAUCCCAACCCCUUUUCCUGUGUCUUUGUUGCUUACAGUCACAGUUACACAGUCUGUUGUGGCCAGGACUUACUUGCAUAUCCUCAUGCAGGAUUUUCCCCUUGAGGCCCAUUUGCCAGGUCUUCCUUUUCUUACCACGGAGAAUCUGCAUCCUGGUGUGUAUGAAAUCAGGUUGUAGAUUCUUUCUAAUGAGCUCCCAGACCCCAUAUAAAUAAGGGUAUAGCUUGACAUCUGUGACUGCUAAGUCCCACAAACAUUUCAUGACAGUCAGGAGGCCAGUGUCUCCGGAAUGCCAGAGGAUCUCAGAAGAAAAUGGACAGUUCUAGUCCAGAGCCACAAUGGAUACUGCUAGCCAUAGCCUUGUGCUUCUGCAGCAGCUGAACAUGCAGCGAGAAUUUGGUUUUCUAUGUGACUGCACAGUUGCUAUUGGAGACGUUUACUUCAAAGCCCACCGAGCAGUACUUGCUGCUUUUUCUAACUAUUUCAAGAUGAUUUUUAUUCACCAAACAAGUGAAUGCAUAAAAAUACAGCCAGCUGACAUCCAGCCCGAUAUAUUCAGCUACUUGUUGCAUAUUAUGUACACAGGAAAAGGGCCAAAACAGAUUGUGGAUCAUAGUCGUUUGGAGGAAGGGAUCCGAUUCCUUCAUGCUGACUACCUUUCUCACAUUGCAACUGAAAUGAAUCAAGUGUUCUCACCAGAGACUGUGCAGACAUCAAAUUUGUAUGGUAUUCAGAUUUCAACAACCCAGAAAACAGCUGUCAAACAAGGGCUGGAGAUCAAAGACACUCCUCCCAGUAGCAGUGGAAAUAGAGCUGCUGCCCCGGGUGACCACCCCCAGCUGCAGCUUUCCCUUGCAAUUGGACUAGAUGAUGGCGGUGCGGAGCAGCAAAGGGCCCAUCCUGCUGCCCAGGCCCUGGAGGAGCACCAGAAGCCCCCAGUGACCAUCAAACAGGAGAGAUGUGAUCCAGAGUCUGUGAUCUCCCAAAGCCACUCCUCGUCCUCAUCAGAGGUGACUGGCUCCUCUUUUACAGAAAACAGUGUCAAAGUCCACUUAUGCCAUUACUGUGGGGAGCGUUUUGAGUCCCGAAGUAACCUGAGACAGCACCUCCAUACCCAUGUGUCUGGAUCUCUCCCGUUUGGUGUCCCUGCUUCCAUUUUGGAAAGUAAUGACCUUGGUGAAGUGCAUCCACUUAGUGGCAGCAGUGAAGCUCUUGAGUGCCGGAGGCUCGGCUCCUUCCUUGCCGAGGAGGAUGGGCAGCAGCCGCGUCCGCCUGAGCACUCAGGCCGGGGCCCCUCAGAGCCCUUGCAGAUCAGCCAAGUGUCUGUGAUCUCCAAAGACACAGAGCCGGUGGAGUUAAACUGUAAUUUUUCUUUUUCAAGGAAAAGAAAAAUCAGUUGUACCAUCUGUGGUCAUAAAUUUCUUCGAAAGAGCCAGUUACUGGAACACAUGUAUACACACAAAGGUAAAUCCUACAGAUACAACCGAUGCCAAAGGUUUGGAAAUUCACUGGCCCAGAGGUUUCAGCAGUAUUGUGACAGCUGGCCCGAUGUCUCCUUAAAAAGCUCUCGCUUGUCACAAGAACAUUUAGACUUGCCUUGUGCCUUAGAGUCAGAGAUGACACAAGGAGGUGUGGACACCAUCCUUGUUGAGUAGCACCGUCUCCUUUAGAAUGUUUAUACCAAUCUUGGAAGAGAUUCACGUGCCAUUUCUACUUCAUAAGUUAGUUACCUCCUAGUGGUCUUUGACUUAAUCUGUCACUAGUUUUGAGGUGGUACACACUAGUUCUCAUCACAGACAUGGCUAUAAACGUAACCUUCAAAGUAUCCUAUGAGCUUUUUUAUAAAUUAAAUCAUUAUUUGAAAAUCAGAAGUUAAUGUAGAAACUUUAGAGUAAGUGAUUAUUUAUAAAAUCUCUUUGUUUUUCCAGGUUGUAGGGUCAGUAAAAUGAACUUGAAUAUGAAGCAGAUGAGAUCUGUUUUAAAGAAUAUUUUAGAGACUGGAAAUGAAGCUGCUCUGUAGAGUGCUUGCCUAGCAUGUGUGAGGCCCUAGGUUCAGUGUCCAGCACACAUUCACAUGCUCACACACAAACACACUUCUAACCUGUCACUCGUGUCUUAUGUUUCAUAUGAAUUAUGUUCUUAGGAAAAUGAUUUUUAAAUAUUUUCUGCCAUAUAGGAAAUCAAUAGUUAUUUUAAUGUAUAACUAUAUAUAGAAAAUAAUCAGUUAUUUUAAUGUAUAACUAUAUAAUGUAUAAAAAGUUUGCUUUGUUUCAAGACAUGGCUAUACCAAAUCAAGAGUAGUUUUAACUGUAUUUACUAGCAUUCCAACCUCCUACAUGGCCUUUUAUUUACUAAACAUCAAGUAUACCUCAUUUUUAAUAAAACUAUCUCAGCUAAAAAAGGAAGGAUAGGAGAAGUCAGUGGUAAAGAAGUCUUGAACUGAGAAACAGAGCAUUGACAUAAAUGGAGCACAGCUGCGGGUCUGUGUGAGCUAACCUCGGCAAACCUCGGUAGGAGUAGGCAGAUCUACAGUGUGUUCUUAGAGACUUUCAGAUGUUUAUACCAGGAGGUUCAACUAGGUUUGAAGAGGAAAAUCCUAAAAUACACAUCGUCUCCCUGACUUAGUGUCACACACUUGUCAAGGCUGCCUGGGUUGAUGGUAGUUUUCUGAAAGUCACUCCUGAAGGUAAUUUUACAGUGGCGUGACUUUCACUUUUCUGUUAGUAAAACCAGUGGAGUGGAUGCCUUAAGUGUUCCAGGCCUAUUUAAAACCCAUGCUGGCAGCUCUCCUUUUGUGAAUAUACUCACUUCCCUUUUAUAGUGGCGACACUUAGAAACUUAAAACUCCAGGAAAAUGAAUGUUGUUGGACUAAGUGAUGCAUUUUCUGUACCUAACAAGUCGUCCAUCAAAUUUCAUUGUUUCUGAAGUGUUAUUUAAACUUGAAUUCUGUUCUCAAGGAUCAGAAGGCAAGAGAGACAGUAGAACAGCCCCCCUCCCUCCCCUCUUAAAGUCUAAGCCUCACAGACAUGUAAAGAACAUUUGAGUUGAUCUUGACAUACACACACACACACACACACACACACACCCUCACCCUCCUCUCAGAUUGUAAACUAGAGUCCUGCUAUGUUACCAGGUUGGCCUUAAAAUCUUGGACACAAGCAGUUUUCUGCUUGAGCUUCCCAGGUGGCCAGGACCAUGGGGCAUGUGCGGUCUCUCAGAUACCUCAAUGUAUCCAUUUAAUUUCGACCCGAUGCUAACCCCACUCAGGUGCAUACCUCUGAAGACAUUUAAGAGUCCACCUCCUCUGUCUGUCAGCAGGUCAGAGUGACUCAGCUAAUUCUGAAACAAAAGUUUGUUUUGUUUUGUUUUAUUUUUUCCUGGGUAAAUGGUGAGUUCAGUUGAAUAACAAAGUUUCAGAGAUGGUGGCUUGGGCCUUUAAUCCCAGAACUUGUGAGGCUGAUCACUGAGUUCGAGGCCAUCCUGAUUUAUAUGGUGUGCUCCAGACCAGUUAGAGUGUCAUAGUGAGACCUUCUCUCAGACAGAACAGACACACCCAGAUACCACUCCAAAACAAAGUAGUUUUAACAUUUUUGAGACAUUCUUGCUAUUCGGCCCAGGCUAGACUUGAACUCACAUUGUUUUCUCCCUGCCUCCUACCGCUGGCGUCAUGGGCUGUAUGUAGCCCGGGCCAGCCUUCAGACUGGUAACUUUCAGGGGCUAAGUGAAGUACCCAACUGGGCACUGUUCUAAGGUAACUGAAUUUCUGAUUAGAGAAUUAGCCUCUGGGAUCAAGACUGAUACGUGUUUUGAGAGCAAAACCUAGCUAGUGGUAGAACGGAUUGUAUUGGGGGUGGUUAAACUAGUGUGGUGUUAUGGGGAGGGGGUCAUAAUUACAUAUUAUCUUAAACUUAAGUCCUCAAAGCAAUUACUCGGUUACACCACCUUCAGUGAUUUAAUCUUACAGAAACUCGAAUACUGACUUCAUGUAUUUUAGGUUAUUUAGGAUAUAUUCCCUACCUUUAACUUUUUGAGGGAUAGAGUUAUAUCUCAAUAUAUUUAUAAUGAGAUAAGGGGUUUUUUGAGAUAGAGCCUGGGCUGGCCUUAGACUCACAACAUAGCUGAAGUUGGCCUUCAGCUCCUGAUCUGCCUGCCUCCACCCCCAAGCCCUGGUGUUACAGUAUAGGUGCACCCUCCUCACGUCAGGCUCCUCUAGCCUUCUCAAAGUAAAACUUUACUCUUCAGCUUUUCUAGUCCUCCCUGCAUACCAAGUCUGACCCACAAAGCCCUUAUUAGGGUGGGAGUGGAGAUAUGCUUUCAGGGUAGGUGAGUGGGUACAGCAGCUCAAGACAAUCCAGAGAAGUGCUAAAGGAGUUUGCCAACGGCUGGUGGCCAUGUUAGACACCAGGCACUGUCUGUUUAAAGUGGAACUAUAUAUAUGAAGGUCUCAAAGAGUUAAUAAAAAAUGUAUCAGUAAAUAAAAUACCUAGUAAAUACCUAGAGCCUGGGGAAAUGGCUCUGUGAGUAACGUGAUUACUGUUUAUGCAUUUGAACCUGACAUAGGUGUGGUAAGGUCCAGUGCUGGUCCAGUGCUGGUUGGGGAGCAGAGACAGGAAGAUAUCAGGGGCGCUCAGGCCAGCCAGCCUUACAGAAAGAGCAAGCUGCAAGUUCACUGAGACUCCGAGGCAGAGAUCGAUUGAGGGAGAAAGUGAUUGAUUGAGUCAGUCUCUAGUCGCAACAUGUACCCACAUGGGUGCACACGCAUGCACAUACAUACUCCUCACAUACAAAACUAACGAGUGGAACUCUAUUGCUAGGGAGCUUCAAAAAAUAUUGGUUCACCUGGUGCCCGUUAUUAAAGUUCUUUAGCACUGAGAACUUCACCUGAUUCUUGUUAUUCAUAAAGUUAUUUUUAUACUGAGAACUAAAAAGACAGAAUGCUGGGUCUUGCCCGUCUAAUCCCAGCUGUCAGUAGACCAAGGCAGGCUUGUAAAUUCAGGACUAACCUGGAGCUAUAUGGCAAGACCUGUCUCAAGAGAAACAACAACAACAACAAACAAGCAAACAAAAAACCAAAAUUUUCUCAGUCUUCAAUAAUGUUUUGUUUUAGGAAGUAGAGAUGUGUGUUUCAUUUAAUAGAAAAAGUUCCCUAAAGCUAAUUUCUACUGAGGCAUGUAGUAAGUGGUGUGGGACUGCUGUUGCUUUGUUUUGAUUUUUAAGAAAGAUAUAUUUACCUUUAUGGUAUGUGUUAGGGUGUUCUGCCUCCACGCGUUUCUCUGCACAGCAUGUACACCGUAAUUGUGGAGGCCAGAAAGGGCAUCAGAACCUUUAGAAUUCAUGUGGGUGCUGGAACUGAACCAGGUUCUCUGCAGGAGCAGCAAGUACCCUGAAUCACCAGUCCUCUCUCCAGCUCAUUUGGGUUUCUUUGAGAUUGGGUCUUACUGUAUGGCCCACGCCGGCCUGAGACUUGAAACAAUCCUUAUCCACCUCCUAAGUGCCUAGGGUAACAGGCAUACACUAUAACACCUACAGCCUGGGCAGUUUUGGUUUUGGUUUUCAGACAUGAUUCUUCAUUGUGGGGGGGGGGGAGUAUUCAUAUUUUAAAAGGUUUUCCAGGAACAACCUUUACUUUCUGUCACAUCUGCAAAAUGGAGCUCCCCUCCCCCACUCUCUAGCUGUGUUUUGUGAAAUGGUUGCCGAGUUGAACCAGGAGUUGCCAUAUGUACUUUGUUGCCAGAUGUCGCCCUCUUGUGUUGAGGUGUAGCCUGCUGGGUAACGUUUUAAAGGCCUGGUAAAACAAGCUCAAUUCCUGUCACUCGUCUUGUGUACUAGGCAGAUACUAGAUAGGUCUUUUCUGCUUGGGCCAACUUUAACUCUUCCCUUCUUUUUAGAUCCUACGUGUAGAUGUUUUCUGGGGAAAAGCAGAGGCCGUUUCCGAAUUUGUUCUUGGUAGAGCACUCAGUGAGUGCCGUCUGCCUUUUUACUAUAUAGAGUGGUUACUCACUCCUUCCGGGUAAGGUGGGUGUCAACAGCGCCUACCUCACAGGGGUGUUGUGGGGCUUUGUUCUAAAAUGGUUAGUGUGCUUAAGAAAAACCAACACGAGGAAGCAGUGCCACGGCUGGCCCUACUCAGUAUUCCAUCCAGUAGAUUCUAGAACAUGCUUGCAGCACCCGUGCACUACUUAAUAAACAGUUCAUCGAGAAGACUAGUUUUUCCCAAAAUGCGCCAGAAAUAGGAGUGCUGCUUGAGUUCUACUCUUCUGUAGUAUUUCUCGCUACUGUUCAGCAAGGAAGAUAGGAUUUAGCAUUGUUGGAAAUAAAAUAUGCUAAUUCCAGCUAAUGACAUUUACUCCAAAUACAUUAUUUUCAUAAAAGGAACAAAGAAAAUAAAAAUCCCAUCGUUUCUUGGAUGAAGACGGUCUAAGUAGUAAAGAGGGAUGGGAACUGGAAUGAUUAUCCGUAGGAACUCACUAAUGUUCUCUUGAAGUAAAGCUGGAACACUUUCUCUGAACACUGAAGGAAAUGCCUGCUAGUCAUGAAGGGAGAGCAAGCUGGAAAGCGGACAGACAGUUCCUGAGCCUGUUUGCACAGACCGAGUCUUGAUACUGAAACUAGGAUUCCUGAAGAAUACUUGAUAGGUAUUUUUGUGGUAACUGUGCUAAAAAUAGUUAAUGUGGAAAAUUUUUACAGUGUAACUUGUGUCUUUUAGUAUACUUAAAUUAAAUAUGUCUGUGGUGUUUCAUUAAUAAAUUGUUAAGUUCCUAGGAGUGAACUCUGUAAACACUAA